CCUUACGAUGGAUAGGGAAGAAAUGUCAAAUUUCGUCGAAGGAAAAGUGAAAGAUGUUAUACAGUCGAAUAACAGGGAGCUUCUGAGCAGUAUCAGCAACAUGAUAGCUAAGAUAAGUGACAAGUCUUCUUCUGCUAUUUCUGUUUUAGAUGUUCCAAAAUUUAAACGUAAAAGUAAUGAGGAACAAUUUAAAUUAAAUGCCAAAGUUAUACAGAAGAUAGAAGGUGCGCAUUCAGCCGUGGAAUCAGAGGAUUUAUCGUCUGCUAAAGAGGCUAUUAUUCAAGCCAGAGACAUGUUGAAGCACCGACAAAAAUUAGUGCUUCUGGCCGAUACGUCGGAUUUGGGUUGGAGAUUGGUCAGCGAAUACGAGGCAAAUCCUAUCGCUAGCGAUAGCGACGACGAAAAACGUAUUUAUAAGGCGGAGGCUCAUGCCAGCAGGAAGGCUAAGGCAGACAAGACCAAAAAACCCAGAAAAAACAACUGGCCAUACAAGCGUCCAGAGGCAUCGGGAUCUGCGCAGGCGUCACAGGGCAUCAGACAGCGUCCCGGAUUGUGUUUUUCAUGUGGAAAGGCGGGUCACUGGAAAAAUGAAUGUACACAGAACAGUUCUUACCAGAACAAUAAGUUAAGUAGUUAUUUUGAGAUUUUAGACUCAGUAAAAGUCACUGACUUUACCAAGGGUACUGUGUGCCAAGAUAAGGCUUAUUUGAGUAAAAAUGAAACAUUAUUUAAGGCCGAGAAAAAAGGCAGUGACCAGAUGUCGGAUAAAGGUAUAGUAAAUUCUAUUUCACCUGUAGGCCGAUUAAGGCAGAAUAAAGACAAAUGGUGUAGGGUGUCCAAUAAUCAAUAUAUUUUAGACGUUGUUGAAAACGGAUAUAAAUUGCCGUUUAAGAACAUACCAGAAAGUGCGCAGUUGAAAAACAAUAGAUCCGCACUUGAAAACAAAACGUUUGUUAGAACGGAGAUAAAGUCUUUGUUAGAAAAGAGGGUAAUAUCGGAAGUAUUAGAAAAACCAAUUGUGGUAAAUCCACUCACAGUUGCUUAUAACAAGGCUGGAAAGCCCAGACUGGUGUUAGAUUGUAGGCAUGUAAAUCCUUGUUUGCAUAUGUUUAAGAUAAAAUUUGAAGACAUAAACACAGCAGAGAGUUUGUUUGACCUUAAUACGUUUGUUUAUACUUUCGACUUAAAGAGUGCUUAUCACCACAUAGAUAUUUUUCCUGAACAUACUACGUAUUUGGGAUUUUCCUGGAUUGAUGACGGAGUUGUAAGAUAUUAUGUGUAUAAUUCAUUACCAUUUGGAAUUGCUUCCGCAGGGCAUAUCUUUACGAAAACUCUAAGAGUGUUGAUUAAACACUGGAGAUCAUUAGGACACAGGGUACUGGCUUGAGGCAAACACUAAAAAGAAAGUUUGACGAGGCUGGCGUUCAGAUAAAUAACGAAGAACAAUGUAUAGACAGAAUGGCUACACAUAUUUUGAGCUCUAGAGCUGAUAGCACUGUAAAUAAAUAUGCUC